CUGAUUUUUUUUUUUGAAGCCAUAAUGCUGAAUUAGUUAUUUAUUUGAGGAUGAACAAGACCCUAAUAGACGAUUUUCACAAAUAUUUUUUAUAACGCCAUCGAUUCAUUCGUGAAUCGCUCAAGUACUGCUUCUCUCCAGAGAACGAAGGUGACGAUGCUUUGGACGGCACGACUGUCACUGGCGUUGGCAGUUCUGUUGGCGGUGCCCCCGCCCAGCGAUGCCUCACCGCUGUCCACGCGUGAGAGGCAGCCUGCAUCUGAGCGUCCUUGGCCGUAUGGGACCGGAGUCCCGACGGCGUCAGCAAAUCGCGACGAUGAUGAGGCCGCUCAUGAGGAUGACAACGGUAGCAGGUCCAAAACGGCUGUCCAGGGAGGUUAUGUCUACGAAGGUGAAAGGACGUUUGAGGAGGUCUUUCCUAGGGACGAAGCUGCUGCUUCUUUGUCAGAGGAAGAUGAUGGCUCAGAGAGCGGAGAGGAGAGUGAUGAAAGCGAGGAAGACAGCGGAGAGGGUGAAAGUGAUGAAGGAGAAGAAAACAGUGAAGAAGAAAAGGACGAAGGAGAAGAAAAGGACGAAGGAGAAGAAAAUGAUAAAAAUGAAGUGAAAUUAGACAUAGAUGAAAAUGAAAAAGCAAAUGAAGUUGUACCUGAAAGAAGGGUUCCAUCAUUCUUUAAAAUUGUCUCGCGCGUUACUUCGAGCACAUCUUCUGUUGGUUCUCCCAAGGCUCCCAAGUUAAAGGGUGCUUCACAGCCCCCUCUUGUCACCGAGCUAGCAAACAAAAAUUCUCCAAAACUUGAAGACACUACUGAUCCAAAAUCUUCGGUGACGAGUACUAAAAAUGCAUCAAAGAAUUUCCAAGACAGUAGAGUCUCUGAACCGGGAUCACAAUUAUCAGAACCCAGAAAAUCUGCUUACGAUCAUUUCCUUAGAGUACCGAAAAUUAGCGAAAUAAAAUCUCAGUCUAAACAAACUUCAGAUGUGGAAGUUUCAAGACCCUCAGCCGAUAAUGAGAAAGCUGACCAAAAUGAAAGAGAACCAAAAAAUAGUGUGGAAAAUAAAGCAACAGAUACCAGUGGGAUUUCUUUCUUUACGAUAGCUAACCACGGCUCCAGUUCAUUUGGUGAAAAUAGAGAUCAUGGUUCUGGGAAACGCUACGGAGCAAAAGAUACGGCCGGAGACGACGAAGACGAGAAAAAGAGGAAAGAAAAGAAAGAGGAAAGUGAAUCACACGAUAAUGAAAACGAAGAUGAAGGAAGUGAUGAAGAAGAAGAGACCGAAGACAGUGAUGAAGAUUCAAGUGAGGAAGAUGAUGGCCUCCCAGCAUUCAUCGUUCUCAGAGAGCAAGGAGGUGACAGCAUCAAAGCCGAUUUGGCUCGAGAAUCUGCAAAGCAUUUCAGCGCUAGUAAAAUAACUUAUAAAACGCAAAAAGAUAUAAGCGAGGAAAAGCUGCUUUUCUUGCCUGUAAUUGAUGGUAAGGAUCUUUCGGUCUCUGCUAUUCGGGCUCUUAGUUCUCAGUUCAGUAAGCGCGGAGAACCAAUUCACUUGGAAUAUAGAGAGCUCAAAGAAGGUGUGGAAGGCUACGUGGCCGAACUCGGAAAUAAAGAAACAGAUCAUUUCAUAAGUAAAUUGAUGCAGCUUCUAGUGGCAAUGGACGAUGAUCCAAGUAGUGAGGCUGAAAUGUUGAAUUCCAAAGACGUGAAAGUGAAUGAAAAUUUCAACAGAAAUGUGUUCAAAAAUGUUUAUUCAAGGGGCAGAAAUUCUGAAACUUCAGAAAAGACAACAAAUCCGGUACUUUCUCAUUUUCAAUUGCCUGGAAGUCAAUCAAGCCUAAAAAAUAAGGUUUCUUCGGAACAGGCGGCAGUUGGGCAAAGCCUUAAUGUCGAUAGAUUGACGACGACGAAAUUAACUGCCUCGGAAGUUGCGCAGCCUGAUCUGAGCGGUCAAAAAGGAAAAUCCGGUAGGAAUCAAGCCACAUCGUUCUUCAGAAUUGAAUCUGCGACAGAGAAAACGCUUGAAGGAAUCAGAUCUCACGAUAGUAUAAACAAAAAAUUUCCGUCUGCCAGAAUACCCAUCGAAAUAAGCCCAAUUCGCCCCUCCUCAAAUCCUCAUGAUCAAUCUCCUAGGCUCAAGAUUAAAGCAGAAAUUGUUCAUUCAACGGCACCAGACUCACAGAGAAAAGCCACCAUUAAGAUUUCAGAAGAAGAAAUCAAAGCAAUAACAAACAGAUAUGCAAAAUUCCUCGAAAACUAUCGCAAUUCUAAGAAUUUAUCUGAAACAACAAGUAGUCAGAUCUUAAGAGAGAGUCAAGCACAAGAAUAUGCUAAUAGGAAGAACUCGUCUCCCCAUGGCCAGCGUCUAACUGGGACACGUGGAUCGAAUACGCAUGAAUCCGGAAAAACAAUGACGGUAGAAAUAGUUACAGCUGUUCCAGUCUCCAUUGACGAAUUUAAAGGUGAAUUUCCUGGCGAAGCGCAGGUGAAUGAAAAUAUUCAAGUUGCAAAACCUGUCGAAGCGACGUUAGUGUCAUCGCAUAAAGAGAAAUCAGGCGACUCGCGUACUUCUGCAUUGGGCAGUAGUGAAAAGUUCAUAAAUCAUGACGUGAGCGACGAAAUUAAUUUGGUACCUUUCACGGCCCCGAACACCGUUAGGGCCAACAAAGUGCAAUUGAUUGCGGGUGCCAUAUCCAACACCGGCGAAGCUGAUUCCUCUUCGAUUGCCAUUCCAUCUAAACCAAUAGUACUCAACCCUACAGUUGGAGUGGCUCGCGAACAUGAGACUUUAUUAGGAAGCAGCAGUUUGCUUGGUAGAUUCAUGUCUAACAUUAAACUGGAGUCUUCAGGAGUACCCGCUGGCGCAAGGCGCGAGGGUCUUGUGAGGGAAGUUAUAAGACAUCGACUGAUGAACAUCUUGAAUGCCCGUCAGAAUGAGACAAAAUUGAAUUCUUCUGCAAACUUUCAAUUCCAACUGGAAGAACUUCAUCCGUCGCAACUCCCCAUCGAAAUAAUUUCACGUAUGCAAGCGUCUAGGCUAUCAAACCAAGGGAUUCGCCUCCCCUCACCAACUGCACAAGAUAAUUCUGACUUCGCUUCAGACGUUUCAUUGCAAAUAACUGAGCCAGGCGUAGGCUUACCUUCUCUUCUGGCAGCCACAUCUCAGUCAAAACUCACUCCUGACGCGACAAAGGUGUCUAACGCAGAAGCGAGUUCCUUUUCGACGUUCAACUUGGACAGCCCUACGCUGGAUUCAAAUGUUGAUGACAACGCACAGUUGGUAAAAUUUUCAACAUCACAUUUUAAUCACGAGGGAGACCAGGAAGCGAGUUCCACGUUAGAACCAAUAGAGAUAAUAAAUGAUUCUAUUAAAAGUCAAGAGUUCGGCGUCCCACUGCUAUCGAGCUUGCCUCAUGAACAAUUUCUGAGCACUGCAUCAAUCAUUACUCAAGAUGACAGCACGUUGUCACAAAUGCUAGGAAGUUCUUCUCACUCAAAUGGGCAAGUAGCAGGCGGUAAUGAAGAUACCAUUCAAAACUCAAAUUUGAUAUCAUUUUCAUCAAUUAACGACAAAACUGCCUCGCCAGCUGAAAAAUUGUUCGCGGAUUCACUAUUUUCUGCUGGACAGGCAGCUACAGUUGAACACGACGCUAGUGCGGGAACAUCUUUUAGCCCCGCGCAGCCCGAAGUUGACUUAGCCACAGUUAACUUUGAUGCAGGAUUUGAACAGGAUCAGGGUGUAGCUACUGUUUCGGGGGUUGCUUCCGUGCAGCAGGCUACAGAUUCCUUCAUGCUUUCAGAGCAGGCUGAUAUAUCGACUGGAACCGCUAUUCUUGACGAAGGGACUGAUGUUGGAGCCGAGUUGAACAUUUCGGAUUCAUUGCAGUCUUUUGACUUCUCAGGACAAAGUGAACUUCCACAUGUUAACGGAGGGUCGGUAGCAUUGGAUACCAUUCAAAUACCAGACUUGACUCCGGAAACAGUUUUUGAUUCAUCUUCCGCUCUGACUACCUUUGUCGAGGAGAUCCCAUCUGAUUUUGCUGCUCAAGGUGAAGAGAUAUCUAUACCUGAACAAAAUCUUCCUCAUUUGGUAGAAAAUGCAACGCCGGCGAACAUUCGAGAACUGGACGUUUUAACAGACUCGCAAGAUUUUAUGGUAGAACCUGAUAUAAUAGAAUUUGGAAAUGUGCCUGAGUUCCAGGACACUCCUCAGUCACCUGAUAACAUCAUCCCACCAGCGGGUUUAGAAGAAAGAAAAGAAAGUCUGCUGGAAAUUGGUGCCCAGUUAGAAAAUUUACCAGGACAAAUUGAAGGAGAGAAACCAUCAUUUGCUUCAACAUCAUCCGUUCAGGAAGAAAUUAAUGGAGACGUAAAGAUAAUCGAACAAGAAAUCCUGGACCCAAUAGUUCAGCCAAAUACUAUUGGCAAAUCAUUGCUUCAAGACAGUGUAGUUCAAGAUGCACGCGAUCCACUCAUCAGCGCUGCGAUCGAUGAUCGAAGAAAUUCGACCCUGCAGCAAAGUUUGAAUGCUCGUCUAAUGCAAAUGAUCAAAGAACAGGCCGAAAAUAUAACUCGAAACUCGACAGCAACUGCAUUGCCGAUAUUUAAUUCAUUAGAUGAUGGAAAGGAUGCCCAUCCCCAGGAAAAAGAAAUACAAGUAAUUCAGCAUGAUAGGGUUGAGACAAAUUUUAAUACGGGUGUUACUGACAGUGAGCCAAAGCUGGCAACUAUCAGUAUGCAUGGGGAAUCGCUCGUAAAUCCUCCCUCUCAAAUAGGAAAAGCAAAAACAGAAACUCCUGACGAGUUUUCUGAGCUGCGAUCAUCUCACCAAUCUAACUCAACUUUAGAGGAAGAGUUGCAAAAACGAUUCAAGUCUAGGCUCAUGCAAAUGAUUCGCGAGAGAGCAGAAGCAAUGAAUAAAAAAUCUGUUGAUAUUGUCCCAUCACUUCAAGUCCAUCAAGAUUCUAUUGCAGCGCCCGUUAAGGUAAUCUCAGAACCUAAAUUUGAAGUGGAAUUUUCUGCUUCCCCCGUACUGGAAUCAAAAACAAGUAUUGUUGAAAACGAAAUGGCAGCCCCGAAGGAGACAGAAGUUACUCCGAAAAUUGAACAUCAGGUGACAAUAAUUGAAAGUUUAGGCCCUUCCAUUUCAAGCAGUCAUCAGGGAGUAGAAAAAACUGAAGAAAAUGGGACAACUGGUGAAGCGGAGACCAAAAUUAGCGUUGAACUGCAAGAUGAACUGAAUGCUAGGUUGAUGGAAAUGAUUCAAGGACGAAAGCAGCCUCUCCAAAAGUCAUUAAAUGUGUCAGCAGAUAGCACAAGAAAAAGCCAUGUUUCCAUUACGGAGGCAACCGAGUCUGAAAUUUUAACGAACACUACGUUCCAAACAUUUGCUGGGUCUACCAUCCCGGAGGAGCCAGAAAUACUCAGCUCUCCAAAAGAUUCAAUUAGCAACUUCAUGGUAGAUCAAUUGAACUCCGACAUCAGGACGGAAUCUCAUCCCGGGGGAGAGGACAAGCCGGCGAUUGAAAAUUCCAGUCCGGCCAUUCCAGCGGACCCUAAUACCGUUGAACAGCAGUCGGGAGUAGUUAAUCGAAAAAUAGAACUCGAUAGAAUUAUUACCGAGGGCGACUUAAGUCACCGAUUCAAUGACAUGAAAACUAUCAUAGAAAAACACGUGGAACCAGAAGUCAUUGUUGAAAAUGCUACUGUAGAUGCUGCACGAGAAGGUGCAAUUCAAGAUAGAUUGAAUAAUAAACUAAUGGAAAUACUACGCAAGCGAAUGGAAGAAACUGGAGAUGUGAAAACCGGUAAGGAACUCGGCACCACAGUUGAGACUUCAGUUACCUCUAUAAAUUCAGCGCAACGAGGAACGACUCCAGAUAGCGGAAAUCGUUUGACGAUCGAACAAUUGAUUUCAGGGGUUGAAGAAAUUCCAGCUGACGACCAAACUCUAAUUACUAAUGAUUCUUCAAUACUAUCAUCUAGUCGAGACGGAGAUUUGGCGGUCAAAAAUGCGGCUGAACUUCCGGUUCUCGUGGAUUCGCCCAACGUCCAAGAACUUCCAGGAAACCAAUUGCAAUCUUUUAUUGCAAGUUCAGUUACAGAAACGAUUCAACAAUUGAGUGAAGAUAUUUCGGCGACUAUAUCGACGAGUGGAAAUCAAGACGUGACAGAUUUGAUAAAAUCUGAAGCUGAGAAACCAACGAAGGUGCUUACCGAAGGAAUCGCUCUGAAACCGUUAAGAAUCAUUCGACUCGAUGGAAAUAUUCCAUCAGCAGAUGUAACCUCGAAAAUUGAAUUUUCUCCUCGACCUGAACCUUCGACUCCAUUAGAUGCGCGUUCGUCUGCCUUGCUCGGCCUACCUUCAGGAGUUCCUCAGAAUAAAAAUAUACGAGUCUUGACCCAGGAACAGUUCUUAUCACAUUUCCAGGGAAUUGAAAACCAGCGGUUGCUUAGCCCGUUACCUGAGACACGACCAUUGGUGCGAACCUCUAACGGGCGAGGAGCGCUGGGCAUCUUGCAAUCCUUUGGUAUAGGAGGAAAUGUGGUGGAAGCUAGUAGGCAGUCAUUCAAGGACGCUCACGACGUACUCAAACGACCUGAUGCCACUCGUAAGCUUCUUCCUGCUUCGCCUGUGCCUAUUUUUACCCCUGAAUUUCCUAAUGCUCGUGGUGCACGACUAAUUUCGAAAGUAGAAGAACGUAAUUUACUAUCUACCGAUAGAAGCCGAGUUCCAACGCAGUUUGCCUUCGAAGACCCAUCAAUCGACAGUCAACUCAUCCAGCUCGCUGAACAGAAUUUUCAACCAUUCCGACAACUCCAAAAAAGUUUGUCCCACACUGAGACCUCACCGAUAGGCGUAGUUCCUGGGGACGCCAUUAACAAUGUCAAACCUAACGGUACGAAUUUUAUAGUGAUUCCCGAAGAAGCUGGAAUUCGCUCGGUGCGUCCGAGCGUAGCAAAAGAAACCUUGCGACAACGAUCUCCAGUUAUCAAACGAGCAAAACUGUUUUCCACUCAUGAGAUUCCUAGCAACAGCUCUCAUCUUGAUUCUAGAAACGUUAAUGCGCUUAUUAAUCAAGGAUCGCAACAAUUUGCUCUUGAAACAAAUGAGCAGGAAGCGAAUACAGUAAAAGUUCCCCUCAUGUUUUCUAAAACAAUGCCGAUCUUCGAGGUUCCUCCUACAACUACAAGCAGACGAAAUCAGUUCACUGUGGAGUCAACAUCAACUGUGAAUUUGGGUUCAUCUCAGCCUCAGUUGCUCUCAGGCAUGCCACAGCCCCUUCCUUUUGCUCAACCCCAAGAAAUAUUUAGGUUAUCCAAAACUCAACACCCGAGCUCCGGCAACUUGAAGUCAAGCAACAACCUAUCUGCCUUUCCUGAAUUGGCCAAUACCCCUAAUCAGAGGCUAUCAGAACGGAUUCAGCCAGAUCAAAAUAUUAGAAAAGUUUCGUCUACUAACGACGAAUCAGACAUUGUGACAGUUCGUUCGCAGUCUGGUAGGCUAUUCACGAUUCCCAGAAAUUUAUUUCAGGGAUUUUUACAAAGAAGUGACAACAAUGCUCGCAAAGAACGAGUUCUUCAAGCUCGCACCCUCAUUCAAACCUUGUUUGUUGACGAGGAACACGAAUCUCGUUUAAAGAGAAAAACACCUGCGGAGACUAUACAUCAUGAACAAUUAUUAGACAAAUUCAGAUCGCGAAGGCACAUCAAUGGAAAAAAUCAUAGGAUGAAGAGAGAUGUAAAUGUGAAAGAAACUUUUUUUGAAGGAACUGCAGCGCAAACCAAUUUAGAGUCAAACCGGAGGUCCUUUAGUACGUUAGAAACAGGAAAUUCAGAAGAAGUCGCUACUCCAAAAGUUAUAUUUGGUAGUGAGGGAACCUACUUAGUAGAUGGAAGUGGGAAGAAAAUAUUCCUAGAAAAAGCUCUUAAUGUUUUCUAUCAUUAAUUUUCCAGAAAAUACCAACCAACUAGGAAUAAGGAACAAACGUCCUUCCAAUUGUGAUAAUCACCUAAUCAAUUUUUGACUUCCACACUAAGUUUUGUUUCUCUUAGAUGCCAUAUAAUUUUAAUUAAUUGCAGAAAUAUAAUUUAGCGUUACUUUGAAAAUUUUAUUUUGAUGAGUUUUAUGAAUGAAAAAAUCCCUGCUUCUAAAAGAUAUGAUCAUUUUCUAAUGUUUUGUUCAUUUACGACAGGGCUGUUUUCGGUUGUAUCAACACGCUUUAAACAUCAACAUAUAAAACUAGAGUUCGUCGUAUUGGGUUAAGUACUGAAAAAGACAAUGCAAGAAAAAUCAUUGGUGAUGUGAAAUUUGAAAUUAAUUUGGAUUUUACUGUGUUGUUACUUGUUCAAUAUGUUAUUGUAACUAUAAGUUAAUUUCCUCUAUAUCUGAUAUUCAUCAUUGAUUUUGAAGUAUAAUAGCAAUACGUCGUCUCUAAUAAACAUAAUUUUGCGC